AUGGCUGCUCUAGUGGUUCUUUCACUUCUCCUUCUAGCCAUGGCUGGUCACUCUAGUGCUUCAUGGUGUGUGUGCAAGACAGGGCUGGGUGAUGAUGUGUUACAGAAGUCCAUAGACUAUGCCUGUGGAAAUGGAGCAGACUGUAACCCCAUUCACCCAAAAGCACCUUGCUUUAACCCUGACAAUGUUAGGUCUCAUUGCAACUAUGCAGUCAACAGCUUCUUCCAAAAGAAGCGUCAAGCUUCAGGCACUUGUGAUUUUAGUGGAACUGCUACUCCGACUAACUCUGAUCCAAGUUAUUCAGGAUGCACCUUUCCUACUAGUGCAAGGUCUUGUUGUGAAGUCAUUGGACCAGCUUCAUUAAUGCCUCAAAGUGGUUGUUUCUUGUCUGAUAUAUGCACAACCAACCCAAAAGGCAGCUCAACCACCACCACACUUCCUGGUGGCAACAGUCCUUACCCAGGAACCUCAACAAAUGGAGCUUUUGGAAACAGUAGCACAGGAGCCAAUGGGACAGGAGUUAACCCGGACUACACUACAGAAAGCAGUGCCUUUGGUCUCAUGAAGAACUCAAGCAAAAUGUUCACCUUCCUUUUCUUGAUUGCUUCAAGUGGAUUUGUUCUUUCUUGA